AUGGGAACGAGCAGCGAUCCGAUCCAAGAUGGUUCCGAUGAGCAGCAGAAGCGAUCAGAGAUCUACACAUACGAAGCGCCAUGGCACAUUUACGCGAUGAAUUGGAGCGUUCGUCGCGAUAAGAAGUACCGUCUCGCCAUCACCAGCCUCCUCGAGCAGUACCCGAACCGGGUCGAGAUAGUCCAGCUCGAUGAAUCCAACGGCGAGAUCCGCUCCGAUCCUAAUCUCGCCUUCGAGCAUCCAUACCCGCCAACGAAGACCAUUUUCAUCCCGGACAAGGAAUGCCAGCGACCCGAUCUUCUCGCUACCUCGAGCGAUUUCCUCCGUCUAUGGCGCAUCGCCGACGAUCACUCCCGCGUCGAGCUCAAAUCGUGCCUCAACAGCAACAAAAACAGCGAGUUCUGUGGACCUCUCACUUCCUUCGAUUGGAACGAAGCUGAGCCGCGACGGAUCGGAACUUCCAGCACCGAUACGACUUGCACGAUCUGGGACAUCGAGCGUGAAGCUGUUGAUACUCAGCUAAUCGCACACGAUAAGGAAGUCUUCGACAUCGCUUGGGGUGGUGUUGGCGUCUUCGCCUCCGUCUCAGCUGAUGGCUCCGUCAGAGUCUUCGAUCUCCGUGAUAAGGAGCAUUCCACGAUUAUCUACGAGAGCUCUGAGCCAGAGACUCCUUUGGUGCGUCUCGGUUGGAACAAGCAGGAUCCGAGGUACAUGGCAACCAUUAUCAUGGACAGUGCUAAAGUCGUGGUGCUCGACAUUCGCUUCCCAGCUCUUCCGGUGGUGGAGCUUCAGCGACAUCAAGCUAGCGUCAAUGCCAUAGCUUGGGCUCCUCAUAGCUCUUGCCAUAUUUGUACUGCAGGAGAUGAUUCCCAAGCUUUGAUUUGGGAUAUUUCCUCCAUGGGACAGCAAGUUGAAGGUGGUCUUGACCCUAUUCUUGCUUACACUGCUGGUGCUGAGAUUGAGCAGCUUCAAUGGUCGUCUUCUCAGCCUGAUUGGGUCGCUAUUGCUUUCUCUUCGAAGCUGCAAAUUCUCAGGGUUUGA